AUGGUGGAAUUCGAGAAUGUUAACAUCUGGGCCGGCACAACCAAGCGCAACUCUGAAUCCGGCCUAGUUAGGCCUUGUUCUAGAGUCACGCCUAAGAAGGACAACAGCGAAGGCCCUCGCAGCAACGCCGAGGAGGCUUAUACCGCGGUAGUUCUCUCUUCUUGUCUGAUCACCUUUCUUGAUGACAGGCUCAAGGAUGCCCGAGCCCCAGUUAUCAUGAACAAUGAUCUCGUCUCCCCACGACUGUUUAAUGCCCUCGUAGAGUCAUGGCGUCUGAAUGUCGACACAAGACCUGUAGAUUUCUGCAGGAAAACCGUCAUCUGCAAAUGUCUUGGUGUCGCGCAGCCUUUGCGUUGCGUCAGCGCCUUCUUCCUCAGAAUAGAUUUGCACGACACUGCAUAG